UAAGAAGCAGAACGAGCCUCUGGAAUCUAGUGCACUGGUUUCGCUUCACGGAAAGAAGUGACGGUAUGAAGGGGAAUCACUGACAAGUUAGAAAAGACCACAGAGAGGGAUUAAUGAGAAUCUGAGUAGAGUUAGGGAAAUAGACUGUGAGGAAGAUGAUCAAGCUAAACAUCAAGCCACCUGCUGUUUAAUGCAGCGACAUUGCUGGCAUGUGGCUGCCUGUGCACAGUGGUUCCCUCUCCUCCCUCUAGCUGACGGCUGCAGGAUCUGCACUCAAGUCGACGCUUGCUACCUUAUCUAUCUUUUAGCAGUAACGUAAAGCAAAAACGUUCACUGAUUCCACUCAUAUAAAGGAUCUCUGUCUGUACAUCUUCAUGCCGGCUGACACACUGACCUUUGGGAAAACUCUACUGGACGUGGAUCACUUCGAGCCACGUGAAUAACAGAGGCGACCUAUGUGGAGCUCAGGUUAACAUGGCUUUUUACCUCCUCUGGUCACCUUGGACUCACCUCAAAACAUGCGGCUCCCUCCCCCUCCUCCAUGCUUUCCUUCUUUUUCCACCUCAUCUCCCCUCCUCAGCCAGACCUCUUUUCCUCGCUCAAUCGACUUCAGCCACUCAGCCUCGCCUCCAUUAUUUCCUACCAAAGUCCUCAUCUCUGGUUCCUCACUAACCAGGAAGUGUAAACCGACCGGGGCCGGUCCCUGCCUUCCUCAGGAGUCCCACUGUCAUCCCAUCCCCACUGGACAUGAAGCACUUCCUCCAGUUCCCCCUGGAGUCGCCUCACUCAGCCGGCAUCGGCCUCUUCCACAACUUUAACACUAUGGACCCUGUCCAGAAGGCUGUGAUGACGCACACGUUUGGGCCACCUCUGGUGAAGACAAAGCGGCCAAUCAUUUCCUGCAACGUCUGUCAGAUACGUUUCAACUCAGAGAGCCAGGCAGAGGCCCACUAUAAGGGCAACCGCCAUGCUCGCAGGGUGAAGGGGAUAGAGACAUCAAAGACAGCUCGCCCCCAAGAUGGCGACAAGCAGCACCCUCCACCUUCUGCUUCUCCCUCCCCAAUAGGCCCCUCACCAUCCAGCCCAGAGCCUGAUCCUAAUAAGCAGGAUGACACCCAAUCCUGUUCCAACCUUAACAAGCCACCUUUGACCCCUGGCCAACUUCCAACACCCACACUGAGCUCUACAGAUGCAGAGUGUCCCCUCUUGCCUUCGGUCAGCAUGCCCUUGUCAUCCUCUCCCUCACCCUCUGCUAUUGAUCCAGCAGCGUCUGGUCUUCCUGACAUCCCGUCACCAGCACCCAGCUCUAUGUCAGGGGAGUCAGAGGAAGAGAAAGCCAAGAAGCUUCUUUACUGUUCCUUGUGCAAAGUAGCUGUUAAUUCCCUCUCACAACUGGAGGCACACAACAAAGGUACCAAACACAAAACCAUUCUGGAGGCUCGGAGUGGACUGGGGCCCAUUAAGGCAUACCCGCGUCUUGGUCCCAAACCCAGCCCAGAGCAGGGAGGGGAGUUGUCCUCUGACCCGAACACUCAGGAACGUACCUUCCACUGUGAGAUCUGCAACGUCAGAGUCAACUCAGAGCUGCAGCUCAAACAGCAUAUAUCUAGUAGGAGACAUCGAGAUGGAGUUGCAGGGAAACCUAAUCCUCUUCUCAGUCGGCACAAGAAGCGCACAGACUUUAUGGAACUCCAAAAAACUCUGGGGGCAGGACUUUUACCAAGUCCUCUGGCUGUUGCUGCAGCAAUGGCAGCCGCAGCAUCCUCCAAUCAGAUGGCACUACGUCCUCCUGGCCCAUCCUCCCACCCUCAUCCCCAUCACCACCUCCUGCAGGGAACACCUCUCAGCCUGCUGAGGCCGGCUCCAGGUCCAAUUCGCACCACACAUGGGCCAAUCCUCUUUACUCCUUACUGAUGCAAUGGAUGAGGAACAAUCACGAAGAAGCACACUGUGAAGUGGUGGCCUGCAACUGUUUGCCAAGAAGAGCUCAGCUGGUAUUGUUUCAGCAGUAGACACAACUGUGGCUCUUUAUGUGCAAACUGCGGUUACAGACCACCUCUGUUACUAUGAAAAAGAACAGUCACCUUACAAAGCUCAGAUAUUUCAGAGACCUAAUGUGUCCAUCCUCCCAGUUCCCUUCAUCACUCUAGCUACCUGCCAAUCAACAAGCAGACUCUGCAGAUAGUAAAAAAACAAACAAAAAUGUUUUGAUCAAGCAUGGACUUCUUUGAGCAUGCUCGAAUCUGAAACUGACUUUAUCUAACAUAUGAUCCACCGUCUUUGAAUCAAAACCCUACCUCUCUUGUGUUUUCAAUGUUCGCCUCCGCAAGGAUUUAUGACAUAUCCAAACAGCAUUAAACAUGCCUGCUGGGGGAGAAAUAGUAACUGCCACAGAUGUUAGCUGGUAUCAUACAGUAGCUGUCACAUAGCGUGGAUAGAACCACUGUUAGGUCCUGUUUUUUGUAGCUUAUAAAGAGAAAAAGACACAGAUAUUUUGGGCAAUGUUUCUGCAGUUGGCAAACAUUUCUCUGUUUUGUAUGUCUACAUUAUCACAAAAUGCAUACAUGGUCUAUAUUAACCACUGCGGGGCAAUAACUGGCAAAUAAAGAGGAAAAUUAGUGUAGAAGUAACAUGACGUCUUAAAUCUGUAGUGAUAAGUACUUCAACCAUGUCUAUGGGUUGGCAAAGUUGAACAGAAGUAAUUUAUUGGUGCACUAUGAAACAAUCAGGGUUUCUUUCAAAUAUGUGUGUAAAAUGUUGUUAGAUUGGACAAAAUAGUUUACGAACGAGGGUGAGAACUAAAUUAGUUUGUGUAAAGCAGGUCCAGAUGUAACAAUCCCCACUUAAAUAAAUGAUUUCCCAGUUUUGUCCCUUGGUAGCUAACAACUGGGCAAUGGUCUUUGCAUAAAAAAAAAUAACUAAGCACAUAUGUAAAAGUCUGGGGUGCAAAGUGUAAACAGGUUCAAUAUAUUUAAAGUGACCAUCUAUGGUUUUUGUAUCUGUUACGUGCAAAACUGAAAGGUUUCAGUGUCUUAAUAAGUUCACUGUGAACACAGCGGAAUAAUGUUGGCGUGAGGACGAUAGAAGCAGGUAUUUGCAUUUCCUGCACAUUUGAUUAUGCAGACCAUAUUUUUUAUCACAACCCAUACAAGGUUUCAGGAAACAGUGGGAUGAAAGACACCAGCAUUAUGUUACAGAAGGAAAAGAAGAGGACCACAUGAUGAGGUGAGUGGCUGGAUGCAAAAAAAACAACAACACACUCUUUGUGUUAGUGUUAUAGGACUGUAAUGGGAUAAAACAAGUAUUUAGGUUGUCUGCUCUGCCUUGUGUGCUUCCUACAUGACCCUGAACUAUCCCAGUGAAAACUCUUAUGAUGGCUUGUACCACAUUAGAAGGAAGCUUUAGGAAACCGAAACUGUAGCAAUACUUAAAGCACUCCUGCUAACUAUUCCUGUUCAAUGCAAUAAAAGAAAAUGUCUUCAAAUGUAUGAAUUGUUAUGUAGGGGAAGUGUCUUGAAUCAUUAUUGUAAAUGUAGAUUAUUAAAAAAAUUAGAGAAGGAACAUGUUGGGCUCUUAAUUGUUAAAUAAAAAUAAAAAUAUAUAAAAAAAAUAAACUGA